ACCCUCCGUCCCAAAUAAGCAGACAAGAAAUCAGAAGAGCUUUAAGGAUACACGGGUAUUGAGGAACAAUACAAGGGAUUCUGGGGUCCCUGAGUCGCUGGAGGACACUGAGUACUUACAGAGCCAAAGCAUCAACAGGAAAAUUGAGGAAUCGGCACCUUUGACACACAAUAACAAGAAACGAAUAAGUGAGUUACAGGUCAAAGAAAAUCCACUGCUAUUGCCCACUCCAGCUCGAUAUGCCCCGCCCCCUACUCCACCUCUCCUGGCCAUGACUUCACACAAGCCUGAGGUCCCAGUAUUUCUAACAGAUAGAGAUCAACUAAUUGAACAAAUGAAGUUAGCAAAGCAAGAAAGAAAACAACUUGAAAAGGCAAGACGGGAGCUGGUGAAAAAAGCCAAAGGACUGUUAGCACAAAACCACCAGAAGAGAAAGCAAGCACGGGAUGCCUGGAAAAAGAGGUAUUUCGAGACCAAGAAGGCAACGGCUCCCCUGGAGGACACACUGAAAACACUCCGACAGGAACUGGAAACCUAUUACCAGAAGCUCCUUCAGCAGCUGCAGGCUAGGGAUGGGAGAAAGAAGCAUAAACACCCCAUGAACGCUUCAAACUCCAAGAAUGGCCUUGUUAUUCAAAUUACGACAGAGCAGCGUGAGAUCGAUAAGCUGAAAAGAAAAGUUGACGAUGCUAAAAUGAAGCUUGUGACGGAACUUAAGCUCAGAAAACAAGCAGCCACAGAACUGCGAGCCCUCCGAGCAGAGCUGACCCAAAAGAAAGCAGAGUCUUCCUUAGCCAGUCCGCACCAGGGGUCUGCCCUACAGAACCUCCGAUACCAGGCAGGGCCACAGCGCACCCCAGCCUGAACACUUACUGACUAUUAUAAUUCAAAUCACUACAUUUAAAGAUCAAGUUACUUGUUAAAUUAUUCUUUGUCAAAUACAAAUACAUCGCUUGUUCAUAAUUUCCACAUUUUUAGUAUUAGGUUAAAAUAUUUUAUAGAUUGUAGUGGAUCCAAAAUGUUAACAUUUUGACUGCUUUUUAAUGUUUUUUUUUUUUUUUUUUAUUGUAAAUGUGAGGGAUCUAAAAAUAUCUAUUGUGCAAAUGCAUGGCCCUAGGAAGCAUGGGUAUCUGUAAGUAUGAUGUUCAUGAAAAGAACAAUGGAAAUAAGGUAAAAAUAAAAAUCACUCAAUUUGAAA